GAAGUAAAUCAUAUGGCAUAUUUGGAGGGUGAAAAUGGAGGUAUUUCGAUUCAAACCCUGAGAGAACAUGCUUUGAAAACUAGACGUAACAAUCUGGUAGAAUCACCAUUAAAUGAUCAAGAGGCUGAUGAACCAAUUUCAAUACAUAAAAAGAGCGACCUGAUGAGCACACUCCCAAGAACAAACAAGCGGUGGUUAUCAGAUGAUGAUAUUCAGGAAGGCCCAGACUCUUUAGAAAGCCUAGUGAUAGCAGAAUUUAGAAAUCUAAGAAGAGUUAUGUCAGAUUUUGAUGAUAAAUUAAACACUGUAGCAUCCCAG